AUGGAUGUUGAUGAAGAAUAUGGAAAUCCAAAGGAUCUACUGACAGAUCAUAAUCCAAAUAGGUGGAAAAUAUUAGUCGAUGGAUCGUCUAAUGGAGAAGGAAAUGGAAUCGGAAUUGUAUUCAUUUCACCAAAGGGGGUGCGAAUAGCUUACUCUUUCAGGUUGGAAUUCGCAUCCACAAACAAUGAAACUGAAUAUGAAGCAGUAGUCCAUGCGUUAAGAAUAGCAAUUGAAAUGCAGAUAAAAGAAGCCAGAAUAACUAGUGAUUCACAAUUGGUAAUUCGACAAAUUGAAGAUUCAUAUAGUACCAAUGAGUCAUCUUUACAAAAAUAUAAGAAGUUAGUAUUAGAAUUGGCAACACAAAUCAAAAGAGUAAGUUGGAGACACAUCGGUAUAAAAGAUAAUAGAUUCGCAUACGCAUUGGCCUUUAUUCCUUCCAUGUUAGUAGAUCCAGUGGAGCGAGAAUUGAAAAUCCAAACACUCUUCUGGCCUUCCGUAAAGAAAAAAGAAGAAGAACAAAAAGAUGUGGAUGCGAUGAUAGCAGAAAACAUUCCAUAUGAACAAAUUGAAGAAGAAGAUUGGAGAACUGAGCUUCGUUUAUACUUGGAAAAGGGAGACAUACCGAGAAACAGAUUAGAGGCUCAUAAAUUAAGAAGUUGUGCGACAAACUAUGAGUUAAGAGAUGGUAUAAAAAUUUUAAAGGCGCUACACGAUGGAGAUGCUGGAAAUCAUAGAGGAGGAAGAUCGCUAGCAUACAAAGCGAGAAUACAAGGGUAUUAUUGGGCAUAUAUGCACGAAGAUGCAAAGCAAGUGUCAAGGAGAUGUGAAGAAUGCCAGCGUCAUGGGAAAAGAAUACACGCACCAGGAGCAAUGUUAAAUAACUCGGUAUAUGCAUGGCCAUUCGGAAGGUUGGGAAUUGAUAUAGUUGGUCCAUUUAUACCAGGUACCGGACAAAGAAGGUAUCUUAUUUUCGCAACGGAUUAUUUCACAAAAUGGGCAGAAGUAAAAGCAUUACAACAUAUUCGUGAUAAAGAUAUCUUCACGUUCAUAUUUGAGAAUAUAAUCUGCAGAUUUGGCAUCCCAGCUCAGUUAGUGUCUGACAAUGGAAAACAGUUUGAAGGAGAAAACAUAGAAAUCUUACUUAAUGCAUUUAAAAUCCAGUGUGGAAAGUCUACCCCUUUAUACCCGCAGAGUAAUGGACAAGUAGAGGCAACAAACAAGACGAUCGCAGACAAUUUGAAAAAGAAGCUAUAA